UCAGAUGUGCUAAUUCAGUAGCACCACCACAUGAAGAGCCCUCCGCAUACGAGAUGCAACUCCCUGUCUCUCUCAAACCCCAUUUUUAUGGUGCGAUCGCGAGUGCGAGGCAUCUGCAGUGCGAAUCUACUAUAAGAUCUUGUAAGUUGUGGUUUCAUCAAAAAAUUGAAGUUGGUACCACCACAUGAAGAGGCCUCCGCAUACGAGAUACAACUCCCUGUCUCUCUCAAACACGAUUUUUAAGGUGCGAGUGCGAGGCGUCUGCAGUGCGAAUCCAAUAUAAGAUCUUGACAUUCCAAAAUGAAAAGGGGGAUAACUAUUUUGGGAGGAGAUUUUAUUUGUUAAAUUAUGUAGAAAACUGUAAGUUCAAAUCUCAUGGAGAAAAUCACCUCAAUAUGUUGUGCUCAAAACGCAAGCGAGAAGGAUGAUAAAGGAGGAUUGUGUUUGGAGGAUCACAUCAGUGGACUUCCUGAUGUUAUACUCGUUUCAAUCUUGUCACUAUUGACAAUGAAAGAAGCUGGAAGAACAAGUCUGCUACACGUGGACUUACAUUGCUGGUUUGAACUUUGAUUCCUUACCUAUAAGAUAUGGAAUUAAACUUAGAGAAAAGAAAGUUGAAGUAGAAAGGCCAUUGUAUUUGAGUUGGGUUAAUCAAGUCUUGAAAUCGCACAAAGCUUCAACUAUAGAUGAAUUCAGAGUUGAAUUUGAUCUUAAUGAAACUUGUCGAGUUGAUAUUGACAAUUGGGUUAACUUUGCAAUGGAAAAGAGAGUUAGAAGGCUUGAGUUAGACUUGUCAGAAACUUUGUUGUAUAGGAGAGAGGAAGAGGAUUACAAUUUUCCUAUUCCAGAUGGUAUUACAACUCACCUACAUGGGUUUGCUAGCUGCAACUCCUUGACCAAUCUCCUGCUGACAAGAAUCAAUGUAACCGGACAAGUUCUCGAGUUCUUCUUAAUGAACUGUCCAUUUUUGGAACAAUUGUCUGUGAAAGAAUCUGAUGGUCUCGUAAAUCUGAAAGUUCCUGAUUUAGCACUCAAUUUGAUGCGUUUGGAGAUAUCUCACUGCUUCAAUGUGGAAAGUAUUGAGAUUUCUGCAAUGAAUCUCAUGUCGUUUAAGUACUUCGGACCAAAAAUAAGCCUGCCAUUUAAGAAUGUCAAGCCACCUAUUGAUUUGUUUAUCGGGGGUGAGUAUUGCGAUUAUCUAAUAUAUAAGUUUUUGGAGAUUUCAAGCUAUCUUUCUCAGCUAGAAAGCCUUAAACUGCAGAUGACAAGCAUGAUAGAGAAUAGUCUUGAAGAUGCUAAAUUUCCUGUAUUAAAUAAACUCAAGCGACUGGAGUUGAUAAUUGAUGCAGCUGAUGAUGAAGACCUUAUUGUUUUUGCUCCCCUGAUAGAGGCAUGUCCUUUCUUGUCUAAAUUUGUGGUUGAGCUGCGAUGGUGCGAGCCCCUUGGGAAAAGAAAACAUUUUGAGUUUACAUCUCGGCCCCAUCAGUACCUUAAGGAACUCCAUGGGAAUUCAUGGAGACCAAGAGGAAAAAAGCAGCAAGCGUGCCAAGAAGCUUGGAACCAAACUAGCCGUUGGAGCAGCUUUGGCAGUGAUUCUUCCCCAUUAAUUAAUAUUUCAUCUACAUCUGGUGCUUCAAUAGGAGGCAGAGAUUCUUCCCCACUGAUUAAUAUUCCAUCUACAUCUGGAGCUUCAUUGGGAGGUAAACCGCCAAAAACUUCUGUUUAAGCAGAAUUGACACACUUCGACCAAUCAGAAUUAGACACCACAAAAGAUCAAGUUUACAGGAUUCCUAUAUAUUCAGCACCCAAAAAAAAAAAAAAAAAGGGCAAGCACAACAAAGAAGAGGCGGAAAAGAGGAGCUAGCAGACUAUCAAGCCAGGCAAGGGGAGAAGUCCAAUCCAAACCUAACCCAAAGACAAGAUCCGGAAAAGUCCAUGAUAGGACAUGCAGCAGAAGUUUAACUCUUUGCAUUGUAAGUGAAAACCAACAGAUGCGAUUGGUUCCUGUUCGAAUUCAUCAGAGAGAGAGAGAGAGACUGUGUAUAUUGUAUAUAUCAUUAGGAUCAAAAUCGUCUCCGGCGCAACAGUAAAUCUGUUGCAACCGGUGCAGUAAUUCCCUUGGGUAAAAGCCACAGGUUAAAUAUAGUUUUUGGUUUAAAUACGAAAGGUAUAAUAUUUGGUUUGGUUUAUAUACGAUACAAUACCUAAAACUCUCCCCCCUUAAUUUGACGGCCCCUUUUGAAAUUUGGAAGGCACGCCCAUUCAUUCAAAUUCCACUUUCUAUCUUCAAAAUUCCAUUUUUCUCUCUUCAGACAAAUCAAACCUCUGUAACUCAAAAAUCACACCAUUGUUCAUCACUAAGUUCGGAUUUAGGGUUCUGUAUUAGAAACAAAAAGAGCAAAACCAAGUAUGUGAUUUAGGGUUCUAUUCUUUAACCUCUGUUGAGUUCCUAUUGAUAUAUGAUAGAAAAGACCUCUCUCUAUAUUUUACUAAGGAGGGCUCGGCAAGAGAGAGCAAGAGAGGAAACCUAGAGGACGAGGAAGUGAGGGCUCACCGAAGUCAUACAAGAAGAUCAGUUCCACCGGAUUGUCAAAGCUUUGGAGGUUCCGAGAUCUAUACACCAACAACGACAAGUUCAUGUUUCGGAUGUGGCAUCGAUUUGUUAUCUAUCUCGUUGAUGGUGUUGAGAUUGUUGAGUCUAGUCUGUUCUUUGGCUGGAAUAUUUCGACUCAACCGGGUUUCUCGUGUAGCUAGCGAUGGUGGUGUUGGGUUUCUAGGAAAUGGACGGGUUGAAGGGGAUGGGUAUUCUCUUUAUUGAAAAAGAGGAAAAAGGGGUCCUAUGAUGGAGGAUCGAUAUUCAGCCCUUGUCGAUGUUCAAGGAGAUUCCAAAUAGGGUAUAAGAGGCCAUUGUGGGAGGAUGUCUAAAUUAUGAUGAUGUUUACAAGGAGGUAAACCCCAAAAGGUGACUACCGGGACGGUAUUACAAGGUUCAAUGCUUUUGGAUCAAACACAACUCUUGAGAGCAGUCGAUUUAAUGAUGAUGAUCAAAGAAAGUUUAAAACCUUCUGUGUCCUACUUGAUGAUUUAAAGAAACCAGGGAUUUUGAUGCAUUUGAAUUAAAGAGUAGUCUGUAGUUAUGUUUAGUUAUAGCGUAUUUGGAUCAUAUUAUUAUGGUUGGACUAAAUUUCAAAUUAUCUUUUUUUUUUUUUUUUUUUCCUUUCCUUUUUUGUUAUUAUCAAAUUUAGAAUCUAGUUGUAGUUAUUUGUAACUUUAUCUCUGUAAUAGAGGUUUUGGCUUUUUGACAAGCUUUGCUCUUUGUAAUGGACCAUUAGUUUCAAAAGGUUACCUUUGAAUGUGAUGCAUUGUCAGUGGUU